GGGACGAGUUUUCUCUCUUUCCUGUCGGCCAUUAGUCCUGAGCGAGUCGUUGACGAGCACUCACCCCACUUUGGAAAAUGCAGAACGACGCUGGUGAAUUUGUGGACCUGUACGUCCCACGGAAAUGCUCGGCCAGCAACAGAAUCAUCGGGGCCAAAGACCAUGCUUCCAUUCAGAUCAACAUUGCCGAGGUUGAUAAAGUAACGGGCCGCUUCAACGGUCAGUUCAAGACCUACGCCAUCUGCGGCGCCAUCCGCAGAAUGGGAGAGUCUGAUGAUUCCAUCCUGAGGCUGGCAAAGAACGACACCGUAGUUGCAAAGAACUUCUAAGUGCGUCGCAAGAGUUGUGGAAAUGGAGAAAUAAAAAAAGGCGUAAAAAGUCA